AUGGCGUCGAAAGUGGCAGUUGUUACUGGCGCUAAUAAAGGUAUAGGAUUUUCCGUGGUGAAAGGUCUGUGUUCCAAAUUUAAUGGUGUUGUGUAUUUAACCGCAAGGAAUAGAGAAAGAGGAUUAGAAGCAGUGAAUAAUUUAAAAUCAAUCGGAUUAAGCCCAGAAUUCCACAUACUUGACAUGAUGGUAAACACGCAGAGCACAGAGUAUCAAAAG